AUGGCAUUCAAGAGAAAGGCAGAAGCCGAAACAACGGCCCCUGAAACGACAUUUGAGUUGGACAAGAAGAAACAGGUCUCUGUGAGAACUUUCAAUGGCGUUCGUUUGGUAGAUAUUCGGGAGUUUUAUGUUGAUAAAAACAGUGGAGAGCGUAAGCCUGGCAAAAAGGGAAUUUCUCUCACGGAAGAUGUUUGGAAAAAAUUGCUUGAACUUCAGGGAGAUAUUCUGGGGGCAUUAGAAGAGUUGGGAGGAAAGAAGCAGAGAGUUGAGAAGGAGAAUAAGGAGGAGGAGGAGAAGGAGGGAGAAAAGAAUGUCAAGGAGGAAGUUAAAGAGGAGGUUAAAGAGGAAGAUGAGGAAUGA